AUGUCAUUCGCACCCUCGGCCGUUAGAAGACUCACGCAGACCACCAAAAUCAUGUCCAACAUCAACGAUGUCUUCAUCGUCAGUGCGACUCGCACUCCAAUCGGUUCCUUCAAUGGCGCGUUGAAGAAGCUCACUGCACCUGAACUCGGCACCUUUGCUGUCAAGGCGGCCAUCGAGCGCGCCAACCUGAAGCCAGAGCACAUCGAGGACGUUUACUUGGGCAAUGUCAUCUCGGGCAAUGUCGGCCAAGCACCCGCCAGGCAGGUCGUCAUCGCCUCCGGCUGCCCAGAGACUACUGAAGCAACGACGAUUAACAAGGUCUGUGCGUCCGGCAUGAAGGCCAUCUCGCUUGCCGCCCAAAACAUCAUGCUCGGCCAGCGCGGCAUCAUGGUCGCCGGUGGCAUGGAGUCCAUGUCCAACGCUCCGUACUAUAUUCCACGCAAUAGCACAUCUGGAUUCGGCCACGGCCAGCUGCUAGAUGCGCUCGCCAAGGACGGUCUCACGGACGUCUACAACAAGUUUCCCAUGGGCAACUGCGCAGAAAAGACCGCCAAGGACUACAGCCUCUCGCGCGAGGACCAAGAUGCAUACGCCAUCGAGAGCUACAAGCGCGCAGCAGACGCAUGGAAGGCCGGUGCAUUCAAGGACGAGAUCGUGCCUGUGGUCAUCGCAGACAAGAAGGGCAGCGUUACAGUUGAUGAGGACGAGGAGUACAAAAACGUCAAGCUGGAAAAGAUCCCCAGUCUUCGCCCCGUCUUUGACGCGAAGGGUACCGUCACCGCCGCCAAUGCGAGCACCAUCAACGACGGCGCCAGUGCUGUUGUACUCGCGAGCGAGGCUGAGGUUAAGAAGCAUGGCCUUAAGCCGCUUGCCAAAAUUAUCUCCUUUGCCGAUGCGGCGUGCGCACCGAUCGACUUCCCGGUCGCACCAGCGAAGGCGAUCCCGCUCGCGCUGGAGCGUGCUGGCUUGAAGAAGGAGGACAUCGCGCUUUGGGAGAUCAACGAGGCCUUCUCCGCCGUUGCUCUCGCCAACAACAAGAUCCUCGGCCUGGAUGCCAGCAAGGUUAACACGCUCGGUGGUGGUGUCAGCCUGGGGCAUCCUAUCGGCAGCUCCGGCUGCAGGAUCGUAGUCACACUCGCUCAUUCCCUCAAGCCUGGCGAGUACGGGUGUGCCGGCGUGUGCAAUGGAGGUGGAGGAGCAUCCGCGAUUGUCAUCAAGCGCGAAGCAUGA